CUGGAGGAUUGCUAUGGCAACAGGUUGCCAGUAGCGACGGGGUACCACUACAUCUCUGCGUGUGUCUGCGGGGAUGAGCGGCGCGUCAGGACGAGGAGGAAGGAGAGAAAAAAUACGCACAACGGAGCAGCAGAGAGGGUGAGGUCUGCCCGGCUCAGUCAGCAAACAGAAAAAUAACCACUGCGAGCUUUUUCUGUCAUGAAGUGAGGAGCCCUGCGGUCCGCACCGACGCUCCUUGUUGCUGUUUCGGUUAAAAAAAAAAAAAAAAAAAGAGUGAAAACAGAAACGUCUGCCGGAAUGGAGAGCCACCGCUGACGGAGAUUCCCGAGCUCCUCUGAUAACAACAGGUCUUAUCCGCUGAGCCCAUCUUCCCCUCCAAAAUCUUUAAGCAACCGACAAAGAGCUGGAGCCGAGACGAUCAAGCAUGGAUGUGCCCAGGAUGGCUGAGGGCCUUUUCAGCAGCACGCUGUCCUCGUCGGGCGGCGGCCAUCACGUGCCUUCCUACCUGACGCUGGAGCAGAAGGCGGCCUUCGUCUUCGUGCUGCUGCUCUUCAUCUUCUUGGCCCUGCUCAUCGUGCGCUGUUUCCGCAUCCUGCUGGACCCCUACCGCAGCAUGCCCUCGUCCAACUGGACUGACCACACCGAGAAGGACACGUUCGAUUACCGCAUCGUCUGAGGGGCCCUGCGGGUGCACAAGUUAGAGCAGAAAGGAAUAAAAUAAAAGACUGAUUUGAUGCUAAAAAAGCACUUUGGCCCUACGAACAAAUGACUGCUGAUUCACCAGGAAAACAACAACUUUCGGAAGAUCUUCUGAAAGUUUGGACUGAAAAGAAUUUCCAUUGGCGGUUUGUCGUCAAAAUGAGACCUAACCAACAGCUUCUCCCUGCCAAAUCAGAAAAUUCUCAACUAUAACAAGACAACCAGAACUAUCUAUGCUAUGAAGAUUAUUGAUCAAACCGAAAACUAUCAUGACCCUCAGUCCAAGUGAUGCACCAGAGACACUUACUGUUACCCAUAAUUCCCUUUCCCUGCCAUCAGUUCUCUUGUGGACUACCUCGUUCCUCCUCCAUCUCAUGUGCGAAAGACUUAGUAUUUUCUCACAUCUCACACAGGGUCGAAUAUCUUUUGAGGUCCAAGCCAAUUGGAUAAUAACAGUGUUUACAUCUUAUCAUGUUUACGUCCUUAGAUUUUUAUUGAUAAUGUAGACAAUCAGUGUUUAAAACUGUUGGUGAAAAAAGAAUUUGCAGAGUAAAUAGUUGAGGUCUUGUUUUUAUUGUAUUUUUUUCUUAAUUUGUGGACAGACACGAGCGGUCCAAAAGAAUUUGUAUGACUGAUUCAGGCGAAGAGGAAUUUAAUGCCUUACUGUAUGUCUUUGUGAGAUAUUCUGUGGUGGUCAUUUCCUUCUUGACAGUUAAGUAAGGCUGGUUUCAAGGUUAUAAAGCAGGUUACAUAAACACAAAGCAAGAAACUGUAGUGGAAAAGUGUUCCCUUUAAUGUUAAGGUUUGGACAGAUAGAUGCCAGCAGUGAGUAACUGUAACUGUUCUGUGUGUGCCAUAAAAAAAUUGUCCUUUCAGACUUGGAAGGGAUCUGCGGUGUCCACGUCUUUAGAUGUCAACAACCAAAAGAGGUAUUGAAGAAAAAAAAGUUUACUGUGCUGUACCUUGUGCCUAAUUUGAAGUUUAGAUUGAUGUUUUAGGAAUAUGAAAGAAAAUGGGUUCAUAUUUUUGUCUUCAAAUGUAGGUUGUUGUUUUAUUUUUGUGUGGUGCCCAUUCAAAGAAACUUAAACAGCAUUUUACUGCCUGCAGUUGGUAUAUUGACAGUUGGUAUGCCAGAUCUGCAGAGUGUUGAUGAUGAAGAUGGCGAUGCAUUUUCACAUCAAACCCUUUACAAACCGAUGUUGUGGCUCUUUCGUUGGGCAAUUUUUCAACUGUGCGCCUUAUAGUGUAGAUUGUUUACAGUAUCGUAGGUAGCGGAGACACUGGAAAUCAGCCAGUCACUGAUGCGACUGUGUCUUUGCACUUCACGGAGAUGUCAUACAACCCCGCUAAAAAGAAGAAAAAAAACACCUUCCCUGCUCUUGUUUCUGCCGGGGCAGGAAGUGAACUCUGACCCUUUCGGCGACGUGUGUUGUUCUUGUGAUCUGCCGUGGCCUUUUCCUACCUAUCGCAGAUGUUGCGAUGUUGUGCUGAGGUGAUGUGGUUUUUUCCCCCCCCCUGCAUGUAUUUCUCGCAGAGUAUCCUCUCCGUGCAUGAUAAAUGGUGAAGUGCUUUAAUCCUGAUGUUGUAGCUGUGGGUCAGUUGCUCAAGCAGCUCUUUCCUGUCUGUACUGGAGCCUUUUGUUUCGAUCUGUUUCUCGCCCGGAGCCGCCGUUCGUUUUGUAAUAAAAAUGAUCAGAGUGCAAAA